CGUCUCCUGAAUUCACUCCGAUCCAUAAUUAUUUGUAUAAGUAAAGUGAAUAUCUCAUGAGAUUCUGAUUAUAAAAUAAAUCAACCAACAAUCCUACGGUUUAUUAACACAGUUUUAUUGAUCGAAUUUGACUGGCCAGUUUUCUAGCGUAGUCGGUCGCUUUUCAGUAGUGAGGUAAAUAUUGUAGUUAUCGGUAUGGCUGCUCCAGCAGCUUGUACGCGGUUUAGUGAUAACUACGACCUUAAGGAGGAACUGGGAAAGGGAGCUUUUUCGGUGGUCCGUCGCUGCGUACAGAAAAGCUCCGGUCUCGAGUUCGCAGCUAAAAUCAUCAACACCAAAAAGCUCUCGGCAAGAGAUUUUCAAAAACUCGAACGAGAAGCCCGGAUAUGCAGGAAACUACAGCAUCCAAAUAUCGAUUCUCCGAGGUCGCGCGGCGCGAUUGCAUGCGAACUAAGAUUACACGACAGUAUACAAGAAGAAAAUUUCCACUACCUGGUCUUUGACUUAGUGACCGGCGGAGAACUCUUCGAAGAUAUAGUUGCACGAGAAUUCUAUAGCGAGGCUGACGCGUCCCACUGUAUUCAACAGAUUUUAGAAAGUGUUCAUCAUUGUCACCAUAACGGCGUCGUUCACAGAGAUUUGAAGCCGGAAAAUUUAUUGCUAGCCAGUAAAGCGAAAGGAGCUGCAGUAAAGCUCGCGGAUUUUGGCCUCGCCAUCGAAGUACAGGGUGAACAACAGGCGUGGUUCGGAUUCGCCGGAACGCCCGGUUACCUCAGCCCCGAAGUACUGAAAAAGGAACCCUACGGAAAACCGGUAGACAUUUGGGCCUGCGGUGUUAUUUUAUACAUCCUCUUGGUCGGUUAUCCGCCCUUUUGGGAUGAGGAUCAACAUCGUUUAUACGCACAGAUCAAAGCGGGCGCAUACGACUAUCCCAGUCCGGAAUGGGAUACGGUGACACCGGAUGCAAAGAAUCUGAUUAAUCAGAUGCUCACGGUUAAUCCAAGCAAGAGAAUCACAGCCAGUGACGCCCUGAAGCACCCAUGGAUCUGCCAACGAGAACGCGUCGCAUCCGUCGUACACAGGCAGGAGACUGUCGACUGCUUGAAGAAAUUCAACGCGAGGCGCAAAUUGAAAGGUGCCAUUUUGACAACGAUGUUGGCGACAAGAAACUUUUCCAGUAAGUAUGAUACUCAGGGUCGACAAACCAUUACGAAAAAGGGAGAUGGCUCUCAAGUGAAAGAAUCGACUGAUAGCAGUACCACCAUUGAAGAUGACGACGUAAAAGAGGAUAAGAAAGGAGGCGUCGAUCGGAGCAGCACGGUCAUUGCAAAAGAACCCGAAGGCUUUGUCUCUCAGGGAACUCCGCCCAGCAGCCCUGCCGCCGUACCGGUUGUCCUAAAGUGUCCUCCGGCUGCCUUGAAACAACCCCAAACCGGUGUUGGGAAUCCAUUUGGAAUAGCCGCUGUUCUGCUACAAGGUGCACAAGCUGGCAGUGGGAGUGGCAGUGGCUCCAGCCAAAGUAGCAGCAACAACAGCCAGAACAGCCAAACCGGGGGAUCCCCUUCGUCGACGAUUCAUCUCAACGCCAGGAGCACACCUCGACGUCAUGACUCGAAGACUGAUUCAGAGGGCCGUCGAGACGAAGUGACAACUUCUGCAGGAAUUGGCGGCUACUGUCAGCUAGGCGAAAGUGGAGAAUACGCCGGCGAUAUAAGAAUCGGCGGUCCUACCAAGACCUACAGUCAGCUAUCGACGAAUUCACAGUCUUCAGCUCGUCGGCAAGAAAUCAUCAAGAUUACCGAACAAUUGAUCGAAAGUAUAAACACCGGUGACUUUGAAGCCUAUACGAAGAUCUGUGAUCCACAUCUGACAUCGUUCGAGCCAGAGGCUCUGGGUAAUUUAGUCGAGGGGAUGGAGUUUCACAAAUUUUACUUUGAUAAUGUUUUGGGAAAAGUCAGCAAAGCAGUGAAUACAACAAUAUUAAAUCCUCACGUACACCUCCUCGGUGAGGACGCUGCGUGCAUCGCAUACGUGAGACUAACGCAGUAUAUGGACAAACAAGGAGUGGCCCACACUCAUCAAAGUGAGGAGAGUCGAGUUUGGCACAAGCGAGAUAACAAGUGGCAAAAUGUUCACUUUCAUCGCAGCACUGUAACAGGGUCCUUGCAGUUUGCCUGCGGCCACAAAUAAACCAUUGCCGUAACGAUCAAUGGUGCAGGCUCACCUUAGGAAACGAAGCAAAACUAGUAUAAAUUGAGAUUGAUUAGGAGACGAUGAGAAGGGCGAGCCGAGAGAAUAUCUAGAUGAGUAAGCAGACAAACAAAAAUAAACAUACAAACAAAUAAAAAAAAUAAUACAAAGAGAGAAACAGAGAGAGGGAGGGUAAAAAACGAUGAGGAGUACCAGAGUAGCAUCGUAAGGAGUACUUCACUUGGUGCCCAUGGAUGUCCUCGACUCCACCACAUCGUAUCAACUUAUUCACCUGUCUGUCUGCCAGUCAGUUUCGUCGAUUGGUUCACUAGGGAUGUAAUUGAAGCUCCUAAUAAUACUUGUGCGAAUGAAACAAAGAGAGAUGUAUUCAAUAAAAGUAAAGAGAAAACAAAGAAAAAACAUCAGCGGAACGAUAAUGAAAAAUAAUUGUCUGACAAUGAGCCGUAAAGUGUAUCCGAGUAUCAUGAGACAACGCCGGGCCCUGCAACAAUUUUUAUAUAAAUUUACUUGUGAGAUAUAAAGUGUAUCAUUAAUCAAGAAGAAGCGAACAGUUUUUGAAAAUAUCUAAUGAAAAGGAGAACUUGAAUGAAGAAAGAUCAAUCGCUAUGCAGUCUGGUUAUACUUAACAUCUUCAAAUACUAGAGUGGAUUGCUAUUAAUUAUUUUCAAUUACUAUUGAUUCUAUUCGUAUUUCAUUCCGUCAUUUCGAUAUUAUAUAAUAUAUGUAAAAAAAGAAGUCUGCUUAGGUAGAGUAACGAAUUUCUAGCAUCGACUGUGUCUGUCUCUUUUUAAAAUUUCUAUUUAUCCGAAAUCGUUAUAGAUGCAGUUUUGAGUGAUCGUGUGAAGCAAAAAGAGAAAAAAAAACAAAAAAAAAACAAGGAAUGAAAAGCGAUUUUUCUAACACAUAUUAGUAUAUUAAUCCAUCAUGUGAGAAUCGCGCAAAGGAAGUAAAAUAUAAUCGGAUAAAAGUAAAACUUGGAUCUGCGGGGAGCUGAAAGUUAGCUCUAUCAUAACAAUCGACCGAUGUGCCCUAAGAUUUUUACUGAAUUCGUCACAUAAUUUAUUUUGUAAUCUGGUCUGCUGUAUUAUUUAUAAACUUUUGAUCGAAAGUAGCAAGGAUUAAAAGAAAAUCGACGAAGCGAGUCUCAAAGAUUUGAUCCAAUUCAUCGAAUGAAUAUCAUACGUAUAAUUAUAACAAACUUUCUGUAGAAUCGCCUGCCUUUGAACACAGGUAUUUUGCCACAUCCACUAGAUUGGGGGCCCGGCGUUAGACGAAUUGAAGAAUGUAAAGCGAAAUAUCUAUGAAUUCUUUCCAUCGUGGGUUCGAAAAAUCUGCAGUAAAAAAAAAAAAACCAAAAAAAAGAAAGAAAAAAGAAUAAAGUCAGAAUUACGAUUACGACAACGCUAUUCAAACACAUACAUACAUGAUUACAAAUGAUUAUGUGAUAAAAUAUUUACAGUACAUUAUAUAAACUUAUACGGAAGUUCGGUAUGGUUCGUAAAAAAAAAAAAAACAAAAAGAAAAAAAGAAUUACAAUAAAAAAAAAAAGUAAAUUCAGCUGCCACCGAUAUUAUUCUAGGUAAAUAAAUGGAGGUAAAAAUUAUGGCUAAGCACUCUAUCUUGAUCUUAAAUAACGUAUUCGAAAAUCCGCGAGUUAGGAUUAAGAAACGAAGUAAAAUUUAGAGAGAAAAAAAAGGAGAGAAAGGUAUGGAAGAAACUACGGUCUUUUAAAACUUUCUUCGUUAUUCAUUAAAUUACGCCAGUUUCAUUACUAUAAUAUACAUAGCUAAUUAUAAUAUAAUACUGUUCUCCGCUAUUACUCGCGAUGAUAAUAAUAUUACGAAUUGAUAACUCCGAUGCACAAGUCGUUCGAAAGAAAUAAGGAUUUAAUUCAAAUGAAAAAUGUCAAAAUAGAUUUCGAGUUGCGAAGACAAAUAAUGUAACCUGUAUGAUUUCAAAAAAACAAAAGUCGGACUUUUUGAGGGAAGAAAAAAGGCAACAAAAAAAAUAAUAUCCACAUUACAACGUAUAAUUGAAUAUACCUUAAAUGAAAAUUCUACAUACGAUAAUAUAUGAUGUAAUUAUAAUCGUACGUAUGUUAUUAUUGCAUCUUUGUCGUCUUGAUUCGACCGGCAUUUUUGUACGUUUGAAUCUUAUACAGGAGAAUAAGUAAGGAAAAAAGAAGAAAAAAAGAAGUCAAAAAGUAUUUAUCCGCGUAAAUAGGCGUUAAUAUAGGUAUAUGAUGAUGAAAUAAUUAACGAUAAAUCAAUAAAUAAAUAAAUUAAAUGAAAUAGUAAAUGAAUAAAUAUUAUAUAGACAAAAGAAAAGAAUUUUCCUAUCGAUAAUAAAGUUUCAUGAAAAUUUAUGUAACGACAUAUGAAAAUCACUUUGAAAAUCUACACUCCACGCUCUCUGCCGCAUCUCUCUUUGCAUAAAUAAUAAUAUUAAUAAUAAUAAUGAUAAUGAUGAUGAUACUAAUAAUAACAAUAAUAUUUAUAAUAGUAAUAAUAAUAACAACAACAACAAUAAUAAUAACAACAACAACAACAACAACAACAAUAAUAAUAUAUACUUACACAUUUAAGUAUCUAAAUUAUAAAUCAUACUAUAUAUAUAUACAUAAAAAGUUUAAUAAAGUGCGUUGCAUUAAUUGAUUAAUUAAAUCAUUAUAUUAGGUGAGUAUUAUAAUUGCGAUUGAAUUUAUAUCGAAUUUACUUAAUUACAAUGAACCUUUCUACACGUUCGUACAUACAUCCCCUUUACAUAUGUAUAAGGUAUAUCUAUACACGUAUGUACAUGUAUAUGCAAAUACAUAAAGUAUAGGAAAAAAAUUAAAGCCCGAACAUCCCAUCUUUAUAGCGGAUUUGAAAACGGAGAAUGAAUAGAAAAAAACAGAAAAUUGGAGAGAAAACUACUUUUGCCAUCACAUAUUAUACUACGCAUAGUAAUAAACUAAUCAAUUAAAACAAAGAAGAAAUGAUGAAAAAGAAAUGAAAAAUAAUAUAAAAAAGUAUGAUUUAUUAUAUCACAAAUACUAUGAUAUAGAUGUAAGAUUAAAUUGAGGUAUAGUUAUUUCUACUACUCUAAUUCAUCGCUUCUAUGUGUGAUUGUUGUAUAAAAUAAUUAUUAAUUAUUGGUUAUCGCUACUAUUAUCAUUCAUAGGUAUUGUCGGUUUUAUCUAGUAAUUCGUUAUCAUAAUUACUAUACAACUACUGUUUAUAUUUUUAUUAUUAUUAUAGAUAAUUAAUAUUAUUAAUUAUAUCACUUCUACCAUCGAACACGGAUGAUUGAUACGCUAGGUAUAUUGAAUAUUUGAUUCUGUUGUUCUUCUUAUUACUAUUAUUAUUAAUAUUAGCAUUGUUUUUCUUUUCGUUUGGUAUAACAAAUGAUAUGUAUAAUUAUUGUAUGAAUUACGUACGUACCUACACAUAUAGCGUAAUGGUCUUUCUUAUUACACAUAAUAAUUAAAAUCUUGAUGAAUCUAAAGUAAUCGAAGCAAACCACAGUUUAUGUUGGGUAAAUAUUACCGAAUGACUUGAUAUACAUAUUAUAAUAGUUGUUUCUCAAUUAUCAAAGAUUCUACACCAGCGUCUUAAUUGUUACGGUGAUUAUAUACAUACACGUGUUACUCAUACAUAUGUAUAUAUAUUUAUUAAUUAUUUCCCUGGGAUCUCGUUGAGAAUGAUCUUCUAAAGUACAAACACACGUCAGUAUCGUAGAAUCAGAAAAAUAAUAAUAAUGCUAAAAAGUAAAAAGAAAACAACAUCACAAAAAUCUGUGUCAAUCGUAUAUCCAUUGGAAAAAAUUUUAAAAGUAUAAUUCAGUAAUCAUGGUACAUGAUAUAAAGAAAAUACAUUGAUAUUAUUUCUGCCGUUUGUAUGGGUUCGAAAAUUUAUAUGAACCGAUUCUCAAUGAGAUCUUUUGAAUUUCCGAACGAUAAUGAUGUUUUCUUUUUUUCUCUGCAACUGCAAAAGCUCAUUGAUAAAUUAAGCGACGCUCGGUUCUGUGGUAAUUCAAACUAUAUACUGCAACAAGCGUUGCUCAAUUAUUCGAUAUAUAUAAUCACAGUUGUGCUAUAAUUCAAUGAUGGUGGAUCGAUUAUUGUUCAGUCCAUGAUAUUGAGAUGGAUCUCUAGUUAUAGACCGAGAAAACUACGAUAUAGUUAUUCAAUAAACGCGUCGUCCACACAACUGACAUUUCGCCCAUCAUUCAUUGUUUGGCCUAAUUAUUACUAUUCACGUUUAUCUAUCCAAUAUUAUAAUAUUAAAAAAAUAUGAAAAACAAAAAAAAACAAAUAUAAUAUAUUAUAUAUACAAAUAGAUAUAUAAUAUAUACAUGUUUAUAUAUAUGUAUAUUAUAAAUAUUCAAGAUCUAAUACUAAUCAUCUAUAGGAAGUGGAACUCUUCCCUCCCAACCCCACCCUGACGGUUUAAAAAAAUUACGUAUAAUGUAUAUUAUACCUGCGGAUAAUAACGCCGAAUCAACGGAUAACAUAUGAAUAUAACGUGCAAUUUUGUUCAAUAAUUAGAAAAAAAGAAAAUCCAUGUUUUCCCCCGUGAAGACAGCGAUACAAAAUAAUGCCUGUAAUAUACAACCCUCAUUUUAGUAUGCUCAGUAUCUUACAGUCUUCGAAAAUUACACCACAUUUUUUUUUAAUUAUUAUUAUUAUUGUUACUAUUAUUAUUAUUGUUAUUAUUGUUAUUGUUAUUAUUAUCAUAAACACAUAAAAUUGCACCGGUAUAAUAAAUGUGUCAAUCGUAUGUCGAAGAUUAGUAUUUUUUCUCAUUACAGUCAGACAAUUGUUGUACUUAUUUAAUAAAAAAAAAAAAUAAAAAACAUCCAUACAGACAUGUUAUACUAUAUACCAUUUAAAAACAGAAGAGAAAAACCAAAAAAAAUGAGAAAAAAUAAAAGAAGCCACAAAUGCACAGUUUUUUCUAUUAUGAGCUAUAAAAAAAUAUGUAUAUAUAUAUUUAUUUAUACCUAUAAAUAAAUAACAUAUAUAUAUAUGUAUAUACAUACAGUGAGAUUGAUUCUUUUCACGUACCUAUAUAAAUAAAUAUAUAUUUAGCGAAGUAUCUUCGGUUCACGGUCAUCGAGAAGCGACCAAAUAACGCCGUACCAUGUUAAAUAAACGGCAAAUAUUAAUGAUUCCUAGCAUGACUUCCUCAUGACUAAAUAAUUCUCCGUAUUUAAAUAUAUAGUAUAAUGACGUUUGUCAAAUUUCUCUAUCUGAUUUAUAUCAUAUACACCUAAUAAUUAUUAUAAUAUCGUAAAGAUAUUUUAAUUCGCGCAUCUAUAGGUAUAUUAAUGUAUCAAGCCGAAACCCGUGGGGAUAAUUUUAUUGAAAUAAUUUAAUUUUCUUUUUCUUUUGGAUACAGAUAGGUGUAAUUUGUAUUGUAAUUUGUACAUAACUUCAGUCAUAGGUGAUAAGAAACUAAUUAUUGUUGUGAUCAAACGCUCUCUGGAAGAGCUCGAAUUUUUUCCCCUUUAUCAUGAAGUCUGAGAAUUUAUCGAAUCCCUUGUACUCUCACUUGUAGUUACUUGUAAUCAUGAUUUUUUUGAUCAAUUUUUUUCUCUAGUUUAUUAUCAUCAACUAUUAUAUUUUGGUAAUCGCUUCAGUCCAUUCAUUAUUGAAAUAUGUAAUAUCAGUUGACUUUAUUCAAGAGUCUUUCGAAUCUGUAUCUGAAAGAAAAAUGAGAAAACGAAAGGAAAAGUAAUAACUUUAUAAUCGAAAGAAGGCCACGGCAGUGAUUCCACUGUAACUGUUAAAAAUGUACACAGAAUAUAGAUGAAAUGUAUAACACUGAUUUUCUUCAGCCUAUAGGCUAUUAUGUAUAAUACAUGCAUCAUAGUGGAAGAAAAAUGAUGAAAUAUGCUGAUUGUUAAACUUUGUUUUCUUAAGACCCAAUAUUAUUCAUUGUACAUUCUUACAUGUCUUGCUGUGUGUGUCGUAUCGGGAAUCGGUAAUUUGAGGUACAGAUCGUCGUAUAAUUGUGUAUUCUGAAAUGGCAGGGAUCUAGUAAUAGAUUAGUUUAAUACACUGUAUAAUGCAUCGAAGGUGAAAAUAUUGGGAAAUUAAAAAAAAUCAUUUAAAAAAAAACCAGAUGAGAUCUGAGUGUACUUCAUAUACCGAUAGUUUUAAGACACGAUUAUUAUUCAAGAAGUUAGCAAUUAUUGUGUGCAAUUAUUACGGCAAUGUAACAGCAACGAUGGCGAUUCUCAAAAUUAUUAUUAUUAUUAUUAUUAUUAUUAUUAUUAUUAUUGUUGUUAUUGUUAUUGUUAUUAUCAUUAUUAUUGUAUUAUUAUGUUCCUCAUCGAUAUUGAGUCUGAUUUCGACUUUUAUCGUAUUGACUUAGCCCGCCGAAGUUGAAACUUUAGUAUCAUUUGGUAUCUUGUGAUCCGAUGAUGAUUUCUUUUUCUGAUUUUGAUGGUAGUACUUAUAACUUUUCAGUUUAAGCUACUUCGGAUGUCUAAAUCGAUACGAAUGGGUGCGAUUAAGGGUUCGGAGAUGAAAAAUAUUAUUUAACCGGAAAACCUGAUUGAGAAUAGCUGUAUGUUUACGCUGUGAGAUGAUAUUGCCAACUAAAUUAUUAAACUCUUAUCGGUAUUUAUAAUAAUAUUAUUAUUAUUAUUAAAAAAAUAUAAUUAUAACAAUAACGAUUGAUUACAAUUUUUGUCCUAAUGUUCCGAAAAUAAAAAUAAAUCUCUGUAAAAUAGCGGAGUUUCACUAUUAGCUAUUAUUGCUUUAUAUCAAAAUUGGAUCUUUCUGACUUUAAUAAUUUCAACUCAUUACGACAUCUUUUAUUUAUUAUGGAAUUGAACAAUAGAUCUGUUGGAUGGAUUGUCGUUGCCUUCUAAAAUAUUGCCAAAAAAAAAUGUGCCAUGAUCAAAUAUCGCAUAAAGUUUAAAUGAAAUUUAUAUCGACUUUGGUGUAAUAUAAAAAAUGCUCAAUAAUUACCAUCAAUGAUCAGAAGGACCCAAAAUCUUAUUGUUAGUGUGAACUUAUUGUUUCUGAUUAAGAUUUUAUAUUUUGUAUAUUUUAUGUUUAUUUCAUGCUAUAAUAUUACAUAAUAUAAAUUGUGUUAUCAAAUUAGAUUUUUUGUUGACAAAUUA